AUGGACGCGAAUGCUCAGGAGCCUGCGGCAAAGCCCAAGGCUCUGCUGCCUUCGCUUGACAAAGCCAAAAAGAAGUUGUUGGACCAGGCGGAAGAGUCAGGAGUUCAGCUGAGCUGCGGCCUCGCUUCUGAUGAACUCAUUCCGCUCGAACAGAUAUUCGUCAAUGUAGCGUUGGUGUCAGAAAAGGAAUUCAAAACAGAAUUUGAUGGAACGAUUACGUUCUCGACGUAUGCCGAGAGACGUGAACACGCAGUGCAAUUUAGCAAAGCAGAUCGAAUUGAAUUGAAGAACCUGUUUCGUGUCGCAGGUUCGAGUGUUGACGCCAUUUCCCAACCAGUAGGAAAAACUGCACCAGCGGCAGCUUCAGCGACUGACUCGAGAAAGCUGUGUUGCAAGGUGUUACGGAAUGUACUGGCGUACGGAUCUGCUGGUAGUGGCAAGACCACAGUAUUUCUGCUUAUGGUUCUAUACCUCUGGAGCAGAGGCGAACUAUGGCAGGAGGACUUCGAUCUGAUCGUUGGACUGGAGCUUCGUGAAAAGGAGGUGAGAGCUGCCACUAGUCUUGCUGAGCUGUUGACUGUUAAACUGGCGAGCCAGGGCCUGUCGCAGGCUGAGAUUUUGGAGCUUGAAAGCUACUUCGAAGAUGUUCCAAGCCGUCUAUGUCUAGUCAUGGACGGCUUGGAUGAAUGUGAUUUCGCCAGCUGCAGUAAGUUCAUGAGAGACUUGCUGAAACGUGAGGGCAUGGUGAAGACACACGUGAUCGUCACAAGCCGUCCAUGCCAGGAUGCAUAUCAACUAUCGCAGCGUGGCAAAUAUCAGCAGAAGAUCCAAGUGCUGGGUUUCUCACCGGAGAACGUGAGGGAGUACGCAGAGAAGGUUCUCGGUAGACAAAGGGCUGAAAUUCUGCUGGCAGAGAUGCAGAGCAAGCCAGAUGUGUCAUGUCUUAUGGCGACUCCCAUGUUUGCAGCCCUAACAUGUGAGCUUUUCAAGAGCGGCAAAGUCGUGUGGAAGUGCAGCGCAUCCCUGUACGAAUCGUUACUGCGCCGAGUCGCAGAGCGUGCUGGUGGUGCGGUUUGUGAGUCGAUUUCACUGGCACCCAGCAAAGUGGUCCAGUCCCUACAGGAACUGGGGCGUUUUGCGUUUCGCAUGCUGCUACUGAAAAGGAUGGUGUUCAACAUGUCAAAAAUCAUCAGCUCCCGCGUGAGCAAGGAUGCAAUCAACUUGGGUCUUCUGCAAACAUGCCAAGGCACGAUGUCUACGGACGCUCGGCAAUACCGCUUCUGUCAUCUGUCACUGCAGGAGUUCCUGGCCGCAUGGUACAUGGCGGUGUGUGUGGUGCAAGAAAGACAUCACGCCAUUGCACUGGUACGGCGACUGGGUGCGUACGAUGGCCAUAUGGCAAUGUUCUGGAAGUUUCUCAUUGCUCUAUCCCCGGAAGACGUGUCGUUGACCAUCAUGGAGGAGCUAUGGCGUGUGCAGUGUGCGGAUCCCAUUUCACUGGAUCCUAGCGGUGAGGCCGACCGAUACACUAAAAGUGCUAUCAAAUGUGCCAGCGAAGGACGAGUGGAAUUGGCUGUGGAGGACGCUACUGAAGCCUCCAAAGAAGCUGCUACUGCUGCUAAACGUGCUGCCACCGCUGCUAAGCUCGCUGAGGAGAUGCGAAACGACUCAAGUGUCCUGACCGGUGAGAUGGACAUGGCAAAGGUCCACCACCGUCUUUGCGAGGUACUGAAGGCUGAGCACAUGGCAGUCCUCGCCGACAUUCUCCUCAUUCCUCGGCAUGACCGUGGCAAGGGCCAUGGUGAGCAUCGUGUGCGCCGUUCCAUGCCCAUCAGCCGAGAGCCCACAGAUGCGCUAUUUCUAAAGACUCUCCUGACAGUGUGGAUGGAGACCGGCAGUGUUGCAAAUGGCACUGUGCUGUUGGAAGCGCUAUCCCAGGUGGAUGCCGAGCUGGCACGCCCGUGCGAGCGUCUCCUUCAUCCCGCUGCUAUGCUGCUGAGUGGUGAAUCCCUGCAAGCUGCUGCUUAUCGCAUUGUAAGUCUGGCUGAUGCUGACCCUGCUCUUGUGUAUUCUCCUAUACGUAGGUUUCUUGUUCAUCUUGUGGUUGCAUACCAUGAACAUGCAGAGUAUCGCGGCGUGUCCGGCAGCUGGACACGCCCUUUCUUUCGUGCUAUGCUUGCAUCAAAGCUCAAUCUCCGUAACAUUCCUAUUUCUUCUCACGAAUGUGUUGCUCUCAGUUCUUUACUGUGUGGCUAUCCAUGUGUUGAUUUGGAGGAAGUCUCCCUCCAUGGUUGUAGGAUUGGCGAUGAGUCUUUUCACAGCUUAUCAGUAGUCUUACAGAGGUGUAGCAGUGUCCGUGUACUAAAUCUAUGCCUGAAUGCUAUUCAUGAUGGUCAGGCAUUGUCCUCUGUGAUUUCAGCCAUGUCUGCUCGUCUUGUGUAUGUGGAUGUCAGUGUUAACCCCGUUGGUGUGAGUGGUUUUGUUUCGGUGUGCCAUGCACUCUGUCAGUGUAAGAAUGUACACACUGUCAAUGUCACGGGCAUGUAUAGCGAUGGUGCUGCACUGUUGUCUAUAGUCUGUGACGUGUUGGAGCAUUGUACACAGCUGGAAGAGUUGCGGUUGCGUGAGAAUGUGUUAGUGGGUAGUGAUGAUGAUGGGAUGAGAUUCAUUGAAGCAGUGAAGGUGUGUACACAGUUACGUGUACUUUCGGUGAAAGGCUGUGGCUUGAGCGAGAAUGUUUGUUCUCAGCUUGUCGCUGUGUUCGCAGAGAGGAAGCGUCGUUAUGGCUUGUAUGGUGUGUGAGUAUGUAGACUGGUUGUUCGAGUGGAAGAUUUUGACAUUGUGUGUUGUGUUGUAACUUGAUUCCUUUUAACUCAGUAAAUUGUUGUAAAUUCUUGAGACAAUGUAAAGUUUUGUAUUGUUUUGUUCCCCUGUAUACCCCUACCCCUAAACCCUGACCAUCGAUAGGUUUUUGCCUGCAUAUUUUCUUGUACAUAGCAUGUUUUUGCUUGCUUCUUGCCUGCUUACUACUCUAAUGUUGAGGACGAUUGUGAAGACAUUUCUGGUACUUUCAUGCCUAUAUCAGAUCUGCUGCU